CCGGAGGACUCGCCGCGACGGUGAUAUACUGUACCGCUAGUGAAUCAGCCCGCUCAUUACAGGGGAAAGCUACUCGGCGUCCGGCCCAGCAGAGACACAGACAGCGAUAUCCGCAUAACUUCUACCUACCUACGCUAGAAGAUGUUCAGGAGACUACACGCAGAGGCUGCAGACGCCUCGGCUCCCUCUCAACAGGGGUCCGCCGUGGUAUCGGUGGACGAUCCAUCUGCAGCCAAGACGUAUGUCAUCCCACACUUGCCCGGAGAGGGCAGGUUCACCGUGGGCGCAAAGAUCUACUCUCGUCCUUUGGCAGACCCAGCUUUCCAGCGCCACCUGGAUGCUUUCCGCAAAGAGGUCACUCUCGCCGCCCCGGGCAUGCUCUCGUACCGUACCUCCACAGUACGAGGCAAAUCGGAAGACGAAAACCUGAUUUGCCAUGAGCUCUUCAUUAGCGACGACCUGGAUCCUCAUCCCUUGCCCACACCACCUCCUCAGCAAAAGUCGCAGAAGCCUUCCUCAGCUCUGUCGGAAGACCUCCCUAUCACAGAAAAGCUGUCCAAAGCGACGGACGAAUUGAAGGUUGCUCCCGUCAGCCUGCUGCAAGACUUCGCCCACUCUGCCUACAAAUUCGCAUUGGGAGGCGCAGCCGGUGCUACUGGAGCAACUCUGGUUUACCCCAUCGACUUGGUCAAGACCAGGAUGCAAAAUCAGCGUUCCUCCGUUGUCGGAGAGCCCCAGAUGUACAAGAACUCGAUUGACUGUGUCAAAAAGGUCUUCCGAAAUGAAGGCUUCAGGGGCUUCUACUCCGGCCUUGGGCCUCAAUUAAUCGGUGUUGCGCCGGAGAAGGCCAUCAAGUUGACUGUCAAUGACCUUGUGAGGGCAAAGGCUCGCAACCAAGAGACGGGCGAAAUCUCGCUGCCUUGGGAGCUCUUUGCAGGUGGUGCGGCUGGAGGAUGUCAAGUCUUCUUCACGAACCCUCUGGAAAUCGUGAAGAUUCGUCUUCAGGUUGCAGGAGAGCUGGCUAAGUCGGAGGGAGCAGAUAGAAUCGCCCGGGGAGCGAUGCAUCAUGUCAAGCAGCUUGGGCUCAUCGGCCUCUACAAGGGCGCCUCGGCUUGCUUGCUUCGUGACAUUCCCUUCUCGGCCAUCUACUUUCCCGCGUAUGCUCACUUGAAGAAGGACACUUUCCACGAAGGCCUUCGCGGAAAGAAGCUCAGCUUCGGCGAGCUGCUGACUUCGGCAGCUGUGGCAGGUAUGCCAGCUGCUUUCCUAACUACCCCUGCCGAUGUCAUCAAGACGCGCUUGCAAGUGGAGGCCAGGAAAGGUCAGGCGACUUACACAGGUAUUGUCGACUGCUUCCAAAAGGUGCUCAAGGACGAGGGGCCAAGAGCCUUCUACAAGGGAUCUCUCGCUCGUGUGUUGAGGAGUUCGCCACAAUUUGGAGCGACCCUGGUGGCAUACGAAUAUCUUCAAAAGCUGCUGCCGUAUCCAUUCGACAGCACGCAGGGCGAUUUGCCUGACACAGAUGCUAGGCCUUGGGAAGAUCCAGCCAGGCAGCAUGCCAGAAAUGCCAUGAAGCUAUUGAUGAAACUACAUGAUGACUUUGGCGCCGACUUCAAACCCGAUGGUUACAAUACCCCAGCACCCAAGUGAUCUGCCUAUCAUCGCAUCGUCAUAGACUCCACUUGUCUCUUCCAUAGCAUCCACAGCCCUGCCCUUGCAACCCACUCUGUGUAUUAGUUGUUGUCAAGUGUGUGGUACUGAACACUCGUUACAUCAGAAGUACUUUUCUACCAAACUCCCACUUCUGAUCGAUCUUGGAACCACAGUGUCACCUCGACUUGUCCACGCCCCUUCGUCUCUUUCC